AUGUCCAUCAAGGAAACCCUCGAGGAUACUGCCUCCGGCUGGCUUAAAGACUUGGAAAGCCGCUCGAUUGAAAACGUUGUGUCCAAAUGGACCGAAGAUAUUCACUACGCAGUUCAUCCGGAUACGAACAGUAUCUACCCAGUGAACAGAGAACAGUUUCGAACCAAUGACCGUGCAGCAAACAUUUUCAAGCACUUGAAGUACUUGAAGUCAUUCAAGAUCACCAUUAAUGAAAUGUUCACUGAUGUGGGGAAGAGAACGGUGACCAUGGUGUGCACUAGCAAGGGCGAGACAGCGGCUGGGUCAUACGGCACUGAUUGUCUGUUCGUGGUUACUAUGACGGACGAUGGAAAGAAGAUACAGAAGUUGUGUGAGUGGAUUGACUUUCAGAAAGGUCAAGGGGCACUCAGCAAGGCUGUGCACUAA